AUGACCCAACUGGGCCAAGACCUGCCAAAAGUAAGGGACGCCAAAUUCUUCUCCACGCUUGACAUUGCUUCGGGUUUCUGGACAAUACCGGUACACCCGCAGGACCAACACAAGCUGGCCUUCAGCUUUGCCAAUAAACAAUACACGUUCACACGCUGCCCUUUUGGCCUCUCAAACUCACCGGCAGAGUUCAACAUCUUCUUGAACAAAGCCUGCCCGGAUGCAGCCAGCAGAGGCACUUUGAUCUACGUAGAUGACGUCCUUCUGAGAACCACUACCUUCGAGGAACACCUGGUGGAAAUUGACCACGUCCUGGAUCAGCUCACUUCGGCUGGAGCGAAAGUGUCGCUACAUAAAUGCCAAUGGUGCCGCACCAAGGUAAACUAUGUAGGCCUCCUAGUCGGGCCCCGGGGCGUGGAACCACAGGUUAGCAGGACCCAAGGCCUGUCAAACUUAAAAACGCCCACAAACGUCUCAGAACUACGCAGCUUAUUAGGGGUAUGUAACUACUCCCGCCAGUUUGUGGAACACUACGCCGAGAUAGCAAAACCCCUGACGAACCUAGUGAAAAAGGACACCCCUUUCGUCUGGGAAGACAGUCACGACAAGGCCAUGAAGACCCUCAUUAAACGAUUGACCGAAGCCCCAUGCCUGGCGUACCCGAACCCAGACAAACCAUUCUUUCUGGAAAUCGGGUUCUCCGAGCACAGCCUCAGCGCUGGCCUAUACCAAACCCACGACUCCGACAAAAGAGUCGUAGCCUACGCCAGCAAAACGAUGGCCGCACCCGAGACCAAAUACUCUGACUGCGAAAAAUCCCUAUUGGCCACCGUCUGGGCGGUGAAACACUUCUCAAACUACAUAGGCAACCAAAAGGUGGUCGUUAAUACGAACCACCAACCGGUAACAUUUCUUGCCAGCCAAAGAAUCAGAGAUGGAGUGGUCACAAACGCUAGAGUGGUCACCUGGCUGAUGGCACUACAAAGCUUCGACCUCCAGGUGUCAUACGCACAGAAACACAAGUCGUAUCUCGGUAUGGGACUGGCCGAAUGCCAAGACUGCAACGUGGACACACCGGCCGGGACCAAAAUGGAACUACAACCCACCCCACCCGAACCGCACCAGCACUGUUACUUUGACCAGAAUUUGGCGACAAGCUCUCACCCCCACAACAAUUUCUCCUGGGACCCCAAACUUUGCAAUAUGCGGAAAUCGCAUAUACUGAUCUUGCUACAACACGCUGUGCGGUACGGAAUCAACACCAUGGUGAUCUGCACGGAUUCCAACUAUGCCCGCCUCAGCUUCUCCUGCCACCUGCCUCUGUGGAGGAAAAAUGACUACAUCACCUCCAACAAGAAGCCAGUCAAGCAUAGACAAUUGUUCAUGUCCUGUGACAAGAUAGUCACAGAACACGACAUGCAGAUCUACUGGAAAAAGGUCCGAGGCCACUCACGCGAGCCCGGCAUGGACAAGGAACUAAACGACAUGGCCGACAGCCUGGCCAAACAAGGCGCCAAGAAUGGCGCGGAGUGGCAAUUCCAAGAACAGAGACAGGAAACACCCACCCCAGAACAACCCGCCCCCACAAUCUGCGCGAUCACGAGGGCAAACGCCGCUAGAACGGACCCGGCACCCGACGCCACGCCCACACACACAACCCCCGACUUUGACAGGUCCGACCUAUUCCAACCAACAAGACCACUACACCGGGCCCCCCUACAGUCCAGAGGCAUAUCCUUCCCUUGGUCGGACCUCCAGAUCGACUGGGUGGGCCCCUUAACUAAGUCUACCCGAGGCAACAAAUACACCCUCAUGGUCACCUGCGCGUUCACCAAAUGGGUCGAAGAGGCCUACCAGCCCCAAACGACACAGCGCAAACGACGGCCUGCCUACUGA